AAUAUUUUCACGGAGGUUUUUUGGUAUAGUGCCCCCUCCUCUUUGUCGUUCAUAUAAGACGCAAACAAGAGCUGACGCCAUCGCCGAAACACGCACAGGUAAAUGUACACGGAAAUAGUGUGGGGUUGCAAACAAAAAGCGGCCCCUUUCAAGCAAGACGUGUCGUAAUCUCAUUUACGCACACACAACACUUCAAUUGAUUCCAAAUCCGAUUUCGAAAAUGGAAGAGAGAAAAAUAAUGAUUUGUGUGAGAGAAAUCAACGUGGACAGGGUACGAUUAAAGCUCACAAAUUGGAAAUGAAUUAAAGUCUAGACAGCUCAUCAGUGAUGGCCAGAGGGCGCUUUUUCGUCAUCUUUGAUUACACAUUUGAAUUGAACCCAUUCCCUCUUCUAGAUAUCCUUCAAUCUAAUAGACAUUAGUUUGAAUAUUUUUGGGGGCGGGAGGGGGAUGUGAUAAUCCCCUUUGACAUAGGCCUUUGUACGAUGAGCUGACUGCACGACACUAACAUCCGACCGAUGGAUAUUUUGUGUUUUCGGUUCGUCGGGCUCUAUGGCGACAAUCCAAUUUCACGUGGACUCGUUCCACUCUCCCGUGAACCUUGCGAAUUUUUUUCUAAAAAAGGACAAAUUUAAUUUCUAUCAGAAUGAGAAAAAGGUCAAUAAGAUAAAAAAUAAGUUUGGAAAUCCAAAAAAAUCAGACAAAACUUCCAGGUCUGUGGCAACACAGCUCGAAUGUUAAGAGACAGACACGUUUAUUAUUGGAGAAAAGUUUCGAAGAUAUGUUUGCUUUGUCAAUUCCAGAUGGAAAAAUUCUCCAUUUUGUUGUUUGUUUCUCGUCUCGUGAGAGAGAAAGAGAGAAAAUGAUUACAAGAUGAAUUAAGAAUGUGUGUCCCGUGAUUCCAGCCCAUUCCGAAUUCUAACUCUACCCCCUCCAUUUUUUCGAAAAAAAAAAUAAAAAAUAACUUAAAGAUGUGAAGGUCAUACUCCCUUGGAACACACAUCAAAACUUGCACGCGGAUCGAAAGAGAAAAGACCAGUGUUGCCAUUUUGAGCCGCUACGCGGCGCCACCAUGGGCUCGACUCCAAGCUGCUGGAAAAGGAUCGAGAAACCGUGUCAGUAGAUGACGAGCUUCCAUGCCGUCACCAUCUGGUUCGUCUCUGAAAUAAUCAUUUCAAACACAAUAUUUCAUCUCUUAUUUAGUUGUCGAGCCACAUGACUCUAGUGUAUUUUGGAUAAUUAACUUUUCUCUAUUAUUUUUUUUUGAUUGUGUGUGUUUCGUGAUUUUGAUUUGAAAAAUGAGCGCGAUUUGUUGUGCGGUGCCAAGUUUGAAUUUGAUGGCGACCGGCGGUGGAGUGGCUGGAUCUUCCUCGUUGCCCGUCGUUUAUCCUCACCAUCAUUUCAGCCGGCCAUCAGCUCCUCUACAUCACCCGAAUUCAUUUUCGUUCAUGGAACUGAAUAACAGCAGUAGCCAUCAGUACCAACAACUUCCUUGUCAUCAGCCAGUGGACCAGUUUACAGCAACGGUUUACGGCAGUAGUCAACAACAACAACAACAUCAUCAUCAGCAGUUUUUAAUGCCUCAACAACAGGCCGUCGCUAGUUGUAGCCAACGUGCCUCUAGACGGAAGAAGUUGGAAGAUGCUUUGACGGAAGCGAUUCCGGCCGCCUCUAGCGGUAAAGUGUCUCAGCGGAUCGCUCAACUUCAGCAGAGUCUCUACGCCUCGUGUCAUCCCGGAAGAAUGAUCCAGCAGCAGCAGCAGCAGCAAUAUCCAUCGGUUUCUUCUUCGUCAUCAAGGCCUUUGUCCCUGGAUCCUUUAAAAGAUUAUUCUCAGCCAUUGACGGUUGACUGCUCCAUCGAAUACGAUUUACCCCGCGUGACUCGGCCUCCGCCCGGCGCCAAGCCUUUGCUUUUGAUUGCACGUCGACCUCCUCCCCCACCGACUCUUCCGGCCGUAGUGAACCAGUCACCACCAACGAGACAAAGGCAACAACAGCAGCAGCAGCAGCAGCAAUGGAAUCCCGCAGUCAGAACAGCUCACCACCACCACCAAGUUUUGCUGCAGCAGCAGCAACAACAAUCGAGUCAACAACAAUUUCAAUUCCGGCCGGAUUGCGGAUACUUUGUGAUGAACAUUGCACCCGUCAGCUCGUCCAGCUCGGAAGACAGCGGCCGUGGAACGGAUUCUGAACAGCAUCCGUCGGCAUCUAGUCCCAUCACUUCUUAUCGUACGGCUGUUCAUCCGGCCAACAACAACAAUUGGACGUCCAUCGCAGAGCCGCAAUGGUCUCUGAUCCGUCAGCAACAACAGUUGAAAUUCAACCAACAACAUGUGAAACCAACAGCUCUUCCUCAACAUCCUCGUCCAGCAGCAGAAGCUGCCCGUGCCAGAGUUUCAAUGACGACGGAACAGUCGUCGGGAUGUCAUUGUUGCCCGUCUCGAUCGAAUCAGUUUCCAGUCCAGCGAUGGGCUCCUUACACUACGCAAACAUCCAUGAUGGCCGCCAGACACGGUUGCCCGGCUCCGUCAUCUGUUGUUUUCCAACAGCAACAGCAGCAAGAGAGUUGGACGCGAUGGAAUGAUUCAUCCGUUUCACUGGAUCAACUUAUCCUCCAACAAACACCCCACUACAACAACAACAACAACCACCCGUCGUCUUCGUCUUCACUGAUGGCCUUUCAUAUUUGAUGAUCUCGAAAGUCUCAUUUUUAUCGCCCCUCUUCUAUAUCAAUAUCAAUUGAAACAAAACAAAAAAAUAAUAAUAAUUAAUAAAUAUAGUCACACACAAAAUGGCGGGGAAUAAAAGUAACACACACACAGAUUUUUGUCGUCUCUAUUAAAACGGGUUUUCUUGUCUCUCCCCCCACACAACCAUUUUUGUUGUUUUGGAAGAUCGGGGCUGCUGCUGCUGCUGUUGUUUUUCUAUUUCUUUCUAAUUAGGGUUUUUUCUUUUUCUUAUUAUUGUUUGAUUCACUUCCUUUUGUGUAUCUGUGUGGAGAAAGGUGCUGUGAUACGUCGUUGGCCUUGUUUAAUCCCCUCCCCCCAUCUUUAUUUCUUUGUCAAUUAUCUUUUCUCUCAAAUUCACCUGUAAAAUAAAAACAACCAUUUCGUCCCCCCAUUUUUGUUUCCCCCCCCCUCCUCCCCCAGAAAUAAGAAGAUUAAGAAGAAGGAAAAGUGGUAAAAAUUUAUAGUUUUGAACGUUUUUUCGCCUCAAAAUGGGAAUUGAUUGUAAUACAAACCUUGAAUGGGAUAAAAACAUU